CCUUGCAGACGGAAGCGGCUGUGGAGGGGAAGGUGGCGGUUCCCGCUGAGGAGGGUGUUUGUCUUUAAAGCUGACGCUCCCCGUCCCCCUCCCCGCAGGGAAGGCUGAGGGCGCUGCCGGCGCUGAAGUCCUUGUUGGGGUCCCCGCCCCGGACCCUCUCAGCGGUCCUUCUGACUGUGAGUGUGAGGUGAGCUGAUUAACAGGCUGUGGGGACGCCUUUGAAAGCCCAUUCUGUGACUCCUCAACAUAGUGUCACCUGAGGAAACAUCCCGACCCCGAUCAAGACCAGGACCAGGACCAGGACCACGAUCAGGACCAAAUGGCUGCUUCUCAGGAACCGUUGACCUUCAGGGAUGUGGCCAUAGAUUUCUCUCAGGAGGAGUGGGAAUGCCUGGACCCAUUACAGCAGAAAUUGUACCUGGAGGUGAUGUCGGAGAACUACAGCAACCUGGCCUCCCUGGCUAUGUCAUCUGAAGAUGACCAGGCCUUUAUUCCAAAGUCCGGAAUACAAGAUUUAUUCUCUGAAAAAGUACUGAGUACAUAUAAUGGAGACCAAAGUUAUCAGUGGUAUGAACAUUGGAAAAACUUUAAGCAAGAGUCAUACUUUAAUAAUCAGUGGAGAAGCGAGCUUCCAGAGGACCAUUAUAAAAGUGGAAAAGUCAUUGACCAAAUGUCCAGUCACACUACACAUCAAGUUAUUCCUAUUGUGGAGAAGACAUACAAAGGCAGUAAAUAUGUCCAGUCUUUUCAGCAGUUUUCAAAUUACACUGAACAAGAGAAUAUUCAUAUCGGGGAGGAGGCUGAGAAAUGGAAUCCUUGUGGUAGAAUCUCCAGUCAAAUAUUCAAUCUAAAUAAAAUGGAAAAAAUCCAUAAUGGAGAAAAAACUUAUAAAUGUAAAGAUUCUGGUAGAACAUCUAAUUGGCCUUCAGGUUGUACUCUAAAUCAGAGAAUUCAGAUUGGAGGGAAGUCUUACAAAUGUAAAGCAUGUGGCAAAGCCUUCAAAUGUCAUUCUUCUCUUAUUGUACAUAAGGGAAGAAUUCAUACUAUAGCAAACUUUCACAAACUGGGGGAAAAUGCAAAAGGCUUUAGUCAGUCCUCAAGACAUACUCAACAUCAUAGAAAUCAUACAGGAGAAAAGUCUUAUAAAUGUUCAGAAUGUGACAAAGCCUUUACCCGGAGCUCAACCCUUAGUAUUCAUAUGAGAAUUCACACUGGAGAGAAACCUUAUGACUGUAGAGAUUGUGGCAAAGCCUAUGGAAGCUCCUCAGACCUUACUAAGCAUCAGAGAGUUCAUACUGGAGAGAAGCCUUAUAAAUGUAGAGAAUGUGGCAAAGCCUUUAGAUGGUCCUCAGAUCUUACUAAGCAUCAGAGAGUUCAUACUGGAGAACAGCCUUAUAAAUGUAGAGAAUGUGGCAAAGCCUUUUCACUGUCCUUAUACCUUACUAAGCAUCAGAGAGUUCAUACUGGAGAGAAGCCUUACAUAUGUGGAGAAUGUGGCAAAGCCUUUACACUGUCCUUAUACCUUAGUAGGCAUCAGAGACUUCAUACUGGAGAGAAGCCCCAUAAAUGUGGAGAAUGUGGCAAAGCCUUUAGAUGGUUCUCACACCUUACUAUGCAUCAGAGAGUUCAUACUGGAGUGCAGCCUUAUAAAUGUAGAGGAUGUGGCAAAGCCUUUAGAUGGUCCUCAGACCUUACUACGCAUCAAAGAGUUCAUACUGGAGAAAAACCUUAUAAAUGUAGAGAAUGUGGCAAAGUCUUUAGCCGGCCCUCAACCCUUAGUAUUCAUCAGAGACUUCAUACUGGAGAGAAGCUUUAUAAAUGUAAUGAAUGUGGCAAAGCCUUUACACAGUCCUCACACCUUACUUCUCAUCAGAAAAUUCACACCGGUGAGGAGUCUUAUAAAUGUAGGGAAUGUGGCAAAAUCUUCAGUGGAGCAUCAGAACUUACUUAUCAGAGACUUCACGGUGGAGAGAACCCUUAUAUAUGUAGAGAAUGUGGCAAAACCUUCAGUGUAGCAUCAUACCUUACUUAUCAGAAAGUUGACACUGGAGAAAAGCCUUAUAAAUGUACUGAAUGCGGCAAAGUCUUUAGCCAGUCCUCACACUUUACUUGUCAUCAAAGAGUUCACACAGGAGAGAAACCUUAUAAAUGUAGAGAAUGUGGCAAAGCCUUUGGCAGCUCCUCGGGCCUUACUAGGCAUCAGAGAGUUCAUACCGGAGAGAAACCUUAUAAAUGUAGAGAAUGUGGCAAAGCCUUUAGAUGGUCCGCAGAUCUUAUUCCACAUCAGAGAGUUCAUACUGGAGAAAAACCUUAUAAAUGUAGAGAAUGUGGCAAAGCCUUUAGAAGAUCCUCAGAUCUUUCUAAUCAUCAGAGAGUUCAUACUGGAGAAAAGCCUUAUAAAUGUAGAGAAUGUGGCAAAACCUUUACACUGUCCUUAUAUCUGACUAGGCAUCAAAGAGUUCAUACGGAAGAGAAGCCUUACAUAUGUGGAGAAUGUGGCAAAGCCUUUACACUGUACUCAUACCUUACUAGGCAUCAGAGACUUCAUACUGGAGAGAAGCCUCAUAAAUGUGUAGAAUGUGGCAAAGCUUUUAGAUGGUCCUCACACCUUACUACGCAUCAGAGAGUUCAUACUGGAGAAAAACCUUAUAAAUAUAGAGACUGUGGUGAAGUCUUUAGCCAGCCCUCAACCCUUAGUAUUCAUCAGAGAGUUCAUACUGAAGAGAAACUUUAUAAGUGUAAUGAAUGUGGCAAAGCCUUUACAGAGUCCUCAGACCUUACUUCUCAUCAGAGAAUUCAUACCGGAGAGGAAUAUUGUAGAGAAUGGCAAAAUCUUGAGUGGAGCAUCAGACCUUACAUAUCAGAGACUUCACAAUGGAGAGAACCCUUAUAUAUGUAGAGAAUGUGGCAAAACCUGCAAUGUAACAUCAUACCUUAUCAGAGUUCACACCGGAGAGAAGUCUUAUAAAUGCAGAGAAUGUGGCAAAUCCAUUGGCAGUUCUUCAAAAUUUAUUUUGAAGAGGGAAAAAAC